CACACACACACACACACAAAACACACAUAUUGUACACAGUCUAUUAAGGAGCCUGGCUGAAGAAUCAUUCACUGCUGAACGUCUCUGCGACUCAGGCGGUGUGAGAGAAGAACAAUGUCAGGACCGAGGCCUGUGGUGCUGAGCGGCCCCUCCGGAGCAGGGAAGAGCACCCUGCUGAAGAGGCUGAUGAAGGAACACGAGGGCGUCUUUGGAUUCAGCGUGUCACACACAACAAGAAACCCUCGGCCAGGAGAGGAAAAUGGCAAAGACUAUCACUUCACAACAAGAGAGGCCAUGCAGGAGGGCAUUGACAACGGAGACUUCAUCGAAAACGCUGAGUUUUCCGGCAACAUGUAUGGAACAAGUAAAGCUGCCAUUGAAGACGUGCGGGCCCAGAACCUAAUCUGCAUCUUAGAUGUGGACAUCCAGGGGGUGAGGCGGAUUAAAGAGACUGAUCUGAACCCCAUCUACAUCUCCAUCCAGCCUCCCUCCAUGGAAAUCCUGGAAAAACGUCUGAGGGACAGGCAGACAGAGACAGAGGACAGUUUACAGAAACGUCUGGAAGCAGCGCGCAUUGAUAUGGAGCAAAGUAAGGAGCCCGGAGUGUUUGAUGUUGUCAUCAUCAAUGACGACUUAGAGAGAGCCUAUGAGGAGCUGAAGGAUAUCCUCAAUGAAGAAAUCCAAAAAGUUCAGGAAUCUAAGUCCUAAGAUGGGAACAGUGGACAGAAGAACCGACACUUGUGACUCACACACACACAGCAGUUUGUUUUCUUUUACCCUCCACAUUAUAUGGUCAGAGGUUUUCUCAUCACUGAUGUUCUGAGGGGGAGGAAGGUAUCUGAAUUGAAAGAUUUGUGUUCUUGUCUAAGAGAACGGGGGUUUGUGUUAGAUUUAGUGAAAUCAAUGGUUGAUAUCUAGGUAUGAAAAUCCUAGCUCAUACAUUUCUGCCUGCUGCCUCAGCUAAAGGUACAGCAGCCAAAUUAUGUGU